GAUCCGGGAUCAGUUCGGCAGGCAGCCCUCGUGCUUGUGCAACCGCGGGAGCGCGCGUUGCUAAACUGACCCCGGGUCUGUCCGGAUGCGCGCUCUGCUCCACACCGCCUCGCGCACUCUUUCCUUCCACUCCACCGGAGCCGCGAGCAGCCCGAGUGCUUCCCACGCCUCCGAGCCCGCAGGAACAUUCAUCGGCAAACAUUCAACAAUGCGGAAACGACCGAUGAUUUAAAACGGGAACGGUGUGCGUUUCAAACUGGACUAACGAUGUUGGGAUUAAAUCAGCACGGGCCUCUACUUUUUCUUUUUCCGCCGGAGUAACUGCACACACGUAAACUUUCCAGUCGGUGCGAACGGGACUCGGGUUCAUAAUGUCCGCGGCGCUGAGACAUUUCUUUUGUCAUUUUUAACUGUUUUGGAUCAUUUCCUGUCCAUGCCCUUCUCUUUAUGGACUCUUGUCUCCGUGGGAAGCAGCGAUAAGAGACUUCACACCUCAGGAAUCCAGCCCCACAAACUGACGCGUCAGUGAACGCCGCAGCUGUUGCAGCUAACGUCCAAACAUGCCGCAGCUCACCGGGGGGGACGGAGACGACCUGGGAGCAAACGAUGAACUGAUCGCUUUUAAAGACGAAGGGGAGCAGGAGGAGAAGAGGAACGUGUCCUCGGGACGGGACCUGGACGACGUCAAGUCCUCUCUGGUCAACGAGUCCGAGUCCAGCUCAGACUCGGAGGCUGACAGACGCCCCAGAACCGACCUGGAGAGCAGGGCCAGACACAGCCAUCUGUUUGAAGAAGCCCUGAGGAGGCAGCAGGAUGCAGGACUCUUCCAGCCCUCGCCGUAUGUUGGAUAUCCCUUCUUCAUGAUCCCAGACCUGGGGAACCUGUGUAGUCCCUACCUCGCCAACGUGCCCCCGAGUGCCAGGACGUACCUGCCGUUUCAGUGGCCUCUGCUCGACGUCCCAGGAAGAGCAUCUAUGAGAGACUCUGCUACUCCGACACACCUGUCUAACAAUGUGCCGGUGGUGCAGCACCCCCACAUGACCCACCUCCAUCCACUACUGUCCUAUAGCCCGGAGGCCUUCUCCCCUCAGAGGGCUUCACCCGGCUUCUCUCCUGACGCAGGUAUGUCGAGGACUCCCUGCUACCCCGUUUCUCCUGGAGGCAUGGCUCAGAUCCCUCACCCUCUCGGAUGGCUGCAGGGACAGACGAUGUAUCCCAUCGCAGGAGGCUUCUCCCCUGCUGCGCUGGCUAUGAAUGCUUCCAUGUCAAGCUUGGUGUCGGGUAACUUCUCCCCACGUCUGGUGCCGACCCCCCAGUCGUCCAUCCCCCACCCCGCCAUCGUGCACACGGGAGUGAAGCAGGAGCCUGGAGGCAGCUGCCUGCCCGGAAGGUCUAUGGCUGACGUCCAGCAGGAGAAAGAAGACGAGAAGAAGCCGCACAUUAAGAAGCCGCUGAACGCUUUCAUGUUGUACAUGAGGGAGGAGAGGCCCAAAGUGGUGGCUCAGUGCAAAGUGAAGGAGAGCGCCACCAUCAACCAAAUACUGGGACAGAGGUGGCAUUCUCUGUCCAAAGAGGAACAAGCCAAAUAUUACGAACUGGCUCGUAAAGAGCGACUCCUCCACUCCAAGCUGUACCCGGGCUGGUCAGCCAGAGAUAACUACGGGAAGAAGAAGAAGAGGAAGAGGGCGAAGAGUGAAACUCAGUUUGAAGAUCCUGAGGAGGACUUCCCCCUGCAGCUGAAGAGACCCCGUGUGCCACCUGAGGAGCCGCCUCACACACACACUCUGCACACACAGACUGCACACACACACCCCCGCUCCCACCUGACACAGCCGCAUACCGUCUCCCACCUGACGCACACACACCUGUCCCAGGCCAGCCCCGCCUCCUCCCUGGACUCCCCGGCGACGCCGACCACCGCGCUGGCCUCGCCCGCCGCUCCGGCCCCGACCCACACCGAGCACACGCACUCCUCCUACAGCGGACACACGUCGCCGUACGCCGAGCAGCUGCAGCCGCUGUCCCUCACCACCAAACCUCACCGGACCCCCUACCCUCUGAGCCGCAACACCGUCACUCCGGGACCCUCCACUCCGACGUCCUCCUGCGACACCCCCACCUCCUCGCCCCACGCGGCUCCUUCCAGGUGUUCACCCCCUCCUCCGCCCUUCCUCGUCCCGCCUCCUACCUCCGCUCACCAAUCAGCAGCGAGCUCCCACGGUGCCUUAACUGCGUCACAGCCGUUCUCCCUCAGAAGAACCAAUCAGCUGUGAGGAGCCGGUUUCACUCUGUGAAUCAUCCAAUCAAAAGAACAAUGAAAUCACAAACAGACACUUGGACAUGAUUUGUACCUCGUUUUUUAAUGCUGUAAAUAAGCUCUUUUUGUUUUUUACUUUUUUAUAGAUGUAUCCCGUUUUAUAUUAGUAUGAAAAGGACAAAUAAUUGGUCAAUAUUUGACUACAUCUCUAACUUCAUGAAACGGUGCAUUGUUUUGGAAACUCUCACUAUUUCUAAUUACUUUCUACGAUCAACUUGUUGUAAUUGAAAGCGAGGGGUAGGGGUGUGUUUGUUUAAGAUGCUUUUCUUCACCUGGUAGUUCUGAGUGUAAAUCUAUUUUCUGGUUCUGUGUUAAUAAAUAUUCACUGAGUUCUGA